AUGAAAAUAGUUGAUAGCCUCGAGUGUGGCAUCUGCUUAUCCUUUCUAACCAAGGCAGAAUUCAAAUUUCCUAGGGACCCUUCUCGAAAGAGAAAGUGGGUAGAAGCAGUUCGUAGAGAUGACACCUGGAUUCCAACGAAACACAGCGCAAUAUGCAGUGUACAUUUCGAAACUGCCUGUUUUAAUAACAAUGCAAAGAAGCAGAAAAAGCUCGAAAAAGAUGCUGUUCCAACAUUGUUUUUACCUAUAUAUUCACAUGAAGUAAAUAACAAGCAUUCAAUAGAAAGUGUUCAAAUCAAUCAAGACGUGGUAGUACUAGCUGAAAGUUUAAACCCGUUACAAGAAUAUGUGCAGUUGGUGCAGAAAACAAAGUCUAAUCAAGUUCAAGUAUUAGACUCACCAAGGAAGCUUAGACUGAAAAAAAAGAUACAUGAACUAUCUAAAAAAAUUAAACGACUACAAUACAGUAAUCGCUGUUUAAUGAAAAGAGUGACUACAUUAGAAGAAAUACUGAAUAGUUUGACGGAAAAAAAUCUUAUAACAGAAGACGAUAGUGUCGUAUUGGAAAAACUUGGAGGAAAAACAAAGGAUUUACUGAAAAGAAUGAAGCAGAAAAAAGAAACUGGUUCCGUUCCGCGUUCAUACACUCCAGAAUUGAAAUCUUUUGCCUUGACAUUGCAUUUUUAUUCAGCCAGAGCGUAUAAAUAUGUCCGCAAAACAUUUGAUACUUGUUUACCUGCACCACGCACGUUAACAAGAUGGUAUAGUACCAUAGAUGGAAGACCAGGUUUCACAAGUGAAGCGUUAAAAGCAAUAAAAGAAAGAGUGGGUUACAAAAAGGUCUAUGCAGCACUAAUAAUUGACGAGAUGAAAAUCAUGGAGAGUGAAGAUUAUCAUAUAAAUUCUGGACGAACAUUUGGAUACGUAGAUUUUGGAUUCAAUGUCGAAACUGAUUGUGAGAAAAUGGCCUCGAAAGUAUUGGUGUUUUUGUUAGUAGCACUAAAUGAAUCCUGGAAGGUCCCGAUAGCUUAUUUUGCCACAGCAGGGACAAAUGCUGAACAAAAAUCGAAACUUAUAUUAAUAGCAGUAGAGUUAGUGCACGCAAGCGGUGUGAAAAUAAAAACUCUUACAUUUGACGGCCAUAAGUCAAAUUUAGCUACAGCCAAGAAAUUGGGAUGCUGCUUAGACAUCUCAAAUCUAAAACCCUUUUUCAAAAAUCCCGUAAAUGGAAAUAAUAUAUAUGUCUUUCUAGACCCAUGCCACAUGCUAAAAAAUGUUAGAAACACUUUCCAAGCAUACGGAAAUUUUGAAGAUUCUGAAGGCAGAGAAAUCAAUUGGAAAUAUUUAGAGGAAUUACACAAUUUACAAGAUAGUGAACUAUUUCAUUUGGCUAACAAAUUGCGAGCCAAUCACAUUUACUUCAAAACAAAAAUCAUGAAUGUUCGUCUGGCAUCUCAGCUUUUUAGCGACAGUGUAGCUGAUGCAUUGUUAUUCUGUGACACGGAGCUUCGAAUUCGAAACUUUUGUGGUGCUAAAGCUACGGCAGAGUUUUUGAAGAAAAUGAAUAUCUUGUUUGAUAUACUUGAUUCCAGAGUUCAUCAGUAUGGAUUCAAACGAGCAAUGAAUUCUGAAAAUCAUGAAGCGGCCUUUAAAGUCCUGGAAGAAACAUCUAAAUAUUUAAAAACAUUAAAACAUAAUGAGAUGAAUAUUAUGAAAACGCUUCGAUUUACUGGUUUUCUUGGGUUUUGCAUGUGUGCUGAAAGUGCCAAGGGACUAUUUGAAGACCUAAUAAAAAAGGAAAAUCACAUGUCGUAUUUGCCUUUCCAUAAAAUAUCUCAAGAUCACAUUGAGAUAUUUUUUGGUAAUAUACGCAGUCAUGGAAGAUGCAAUGAUAACCCAACUAUCAAGCUAUUUGAAUCAAUAUACAAGAGAAUGCUAGUUCACUCAGAACUUAUUGAUGUGGAUUCAGGGAACUGCGUACCGUUGGAAUCCAUCACAAUACUGAACUGCUCAUCUAAAUCACCUGUUGAGAGAAUAAAUAUGACAACGGCGAGAAGUAACAGCGACAACCAAACUUUGCAUUUAACACCAGCUGAUGAUGAUGAACUGCCUCAUGUUACUACUCUUUCGCCUUACGGGCAAAAAGUGGUUGAAUAUAUUGCUGGGUUUGUGGUUCACAAACUUUUGAAAUCGGUAAAAUGUGAAACUUGCACGUCUGCUCUCCUCCCUCAAAAUGAGACCACUGAAGGCAGUCUCAUUGCCUAUAAAGACAAGGGAAAACUGAUAUAUCCCUCAAGUGAUACCAUAUCUAUUUGUCAGCACUGUGAACUUGAACUUAGGAAGGGUGUUCAGAAUAAAAGACUAAAAAAAGAAUACACAACAGAUUUUCUCCUGCCGAAAGUAACAGAAACAUUGCUGCAACUUCCAUUGUAUGAAGACAUUCAUUUUCAUAAAUUUGAAAACGACGACGUGAAUCACGUCGAAGAAUUAACGAAAGCCGUUGCUGAAAAGUAUUUAAAUAUUAGAUUUGCUUAUCUAAGAAAACAAGCGAACGAAACAAAUUCUAAGAAACACAUUUUAAAAAAGAUGAUACAUAAUAAAAGUCAG